AUGCGUCUGCUCCGUGUGUUGGCCAUUAUCGCCCUAAUCAUAAAUGUUAUCUCCUCCUUCCAUUUCCAUCGCAAGCUCAUGCAAACAUCAGCCCUCGCGAACAGAGUAAGUUGUUGAAGUGGGACCUUCGAGUGGAGGGAAUUCUUUGGACUUGUAAUCCAAUUAAAUUUGGAUAUCAUAAGCCAAAACUUGUUCCAGUUAUGAUUUAAAUGUAACAUUAUUCUUUAAGCUCGAAGAAAAACAUCGGAUGGGCAAAAGAGUGCACAAUCUCUCGUUACUUCGGCUCGGGAAACUGUUCAGAACUUCGCAACAGCAGGUCAAACGAGAUGAUGAAGAUCAUCGCUCCCUUCCCAAACUACUGCUCAUCCUCAGGAAUCGGACUGCUUGA